AUGGAUAGUGGGGUGGCACGUCAGCCGAUCACCGACUGGCAUGCCUAUGAGUCGGAGCUGUACCGCAGGCUGGGUACCGAUGAUAAUAUCCUUCGCUUUGUGAUCAACAAGGCCAAGCAAAAUCCACGUCGUGUGGUAUUUGCAGAAGCUGAAAAUAUUAAAGUGCUGAAGGCAGCACAAACUGUGCUGGAUGAUGGUAUUGCCACGCCGAUCUUACUAGGCAAUGAAGCCCGGAUACGCGGUUUGAUAGCAGAACAUAAUCUUCAUCUGGAGGGAGUACAGAUAAUGGACCCACGGAGUGAUGAUAUGGAAGAGCAGCGGAAUAAGUAUGGCGAUCAGUUCUUUGAGAAAAGAAAACGCCGCGGCUUUAACCUGUUCGAAGCCCGCAAGAUCAUGCGCGACCGUGUGUAUUUUGGUUGUAUGAUGGUAGAGAGUGGAGAGGCCGAUGCGCUGAUCUCCGGUCUGACCCGUAACUACCCCGAUACCGUACGCCCUGCAUUGCAGAUCAUCGGGCUGGAAGAGGGAGCUAAGAAGGUAGCCGGUAUGUACCUGAUGCUCACCAAGAAAGGGCCACUGUUCUUUGCGGAUACCACUGUAAACUUUAAUCCUACAGUGGAUGAGCUGAUUGACAUUACCCUGCUUACCGCUAAAGAAGUGGAGCAGUUCAAUAUCAAACCAAGGAUCGCCAUGUUGUCUUAUUCCAACUUUGGUUCCUCCGAUUCGCCGGAGGCAAGGACGGUAAGAGAUGCAGUGGCAAAGAUGAAGCAGCUGUAUCCUGAUAUGGUGGUAGAAGGCGAAAUGCAGGCGGGCGUUGCCUUUAAUAAAGACUUGCUGCGCGAAAACUAUCCGUUUACAGACCUUGUGAAUGAGUCUCCCAAUGUGCUGAUCUUCCCGAACCUGGCUGCCGGUAAUAUUGCUUAUCACCUGUUGCAGGAAGUGGGUAGUGCUGAGGCAGUUGGCCCGAUCCUGCUGGGGCUGCGUAAGCCGGUGCAUGUUUUGCAGCUGGGCAGUACCGUUCGCCAGAUCGUAAAUAUGGUAGCCAUUGCCGUUGUUGAUGCGCAGGUAAAAUGUCCUGGAAAGGGCGAAACUUUAUAG